CACGGGGGGAGGCUAGUCCUGGGUGCAUACUGUGAGGAAGAGCUUGAGAAACGGUCAGGGGAGAGAGUAGACCAUCCCUGGGUCGGAGAAGGCAGCCUUCCCUGGGAAGGACUCGCGCGCCAGGGCAGCAGGACUGACGGACUGGCUGGCUGACCGACGGACGGGCGGAGGCAGCGGCGGGAGGCGAGAGCUCAAAGCAAGGAGAGAGCUCAGAUCUGCUGGUGGUCCUGGCCUAGACGUUUCCCUGUGCCUAGAUCUGGGGUUCCACACUCUCAGUGGUCCUGCUUCAAGAAGACGAGAGGCAGGCGUCAUGGAGGCCCUGGUGUUCACCCUCCUGCUGCUGCCCAUGGCUGCUGCCAUGCACCCUGACUGCUUCCUGAAGAAGGAAGAAGCCAUGUGCCUGGAGAAGAUUGAGCGGGUCAGCGAGAUGAUGGGGCUGAACCAGUCCUCCCCAGACUGCCCUGGGAUGUGGGACAACAUCACAUGCUGGCGGCCGGCCAUCGUGGGACAAGUGGUGGAGGUCGCCUGCCCCGAGCUCUUCCAGAUUGCCAAUGAAGGAGGAUUUGACUUUGAGGACAGUGAAGCUCUGAACCCUUCGGAUACCGGCAUAGUGAGCAGGAACUGCACUGAGGACGGCUGGUCUGAGCCCUUCCCCCACUACUUUGAUGCCUGUGGAUUCGAUGAUGACUAUCUUGAGGGGGGCGGGAACCAGGAUUACUACUACCUGUCGGUGAAGGCGCUCUACACGGUGGGCUACAGCACCUCCUUGGUCUCUCUCACCACUGCCAUGGUCAUCCUGUGCCGCUUCCGGAAGCUGCACUGUACCCGGAAUUUCAUCCACAUGAAUCUCUUCGUCUCCUUCAUCUUGCGGGCAAUAUCAGUCUUCAUCAAGGACUGGAUCCUGUACCCGGAGCAAGACAACAAUCACUGCUUCCUCUCCACAGUGGAGUGCAAAGCAGUGAUGGUCUUCUUCCACUACUGCGUCAUGGCCAACUACUUCUGGCUCUUCAUCGAAGGGCUCUACCUCUUCACCCUCCUGGUGGAGACCUUCUUCCCAGAGCGGAGGUACUUCUACUGGUAUAGCAUCAUCGGCUGGGGCACACCAACCAUCUGUGUGACGAGCUGGGCCGUGCUGAGGAUUCACUUCGAUGACAGUGGCUGCUGGGACACAAAUAACAACACCGCCCUGUGGUGGGUCAUCAAAGGCCCAGUGGUGGGCUCCAUAAUGAUAAACUUCAUCCUCUUCAUUGGCAUCAUUGUCAUCCUGGUGCAGAAGCUCCAGUCCCCGGACAUCGGAGGCAACGAAUCAAGCAUCUACCUCAACUGCGUGCAGAAAUGUUACUGCAGGCCAAAGCGGGCUCAGCAGCACUCUUGCAAGAUGUCAGAACUGUCCACCAUUACUCUGAGGCUGGCCCGAUCCACGCUGCUACUCAUCCCACUCUUUGGAAUCCACUACACGGUGUUCGCCUUCUCACCAGAUAACGUCAGGAAGAGGGAAAGACUCGUGUUUGAGCUGGGAUUGGGCUCCUUCCAGGGGUUCGUGGUGGCUGUCCUCUACUGCUUCCUGAAUGGGGAGGUGCAGUCAGAAAUAAAGAGAAAAUGGCGGAGCUGGAAAGUCAACCGGUACUUUGCUGUGGAUUUCAAGCACCGGCAUCCAUCACUGGCCAGCAGUGGAGUGAACGGGGGCACGCAGCUGUCCAUCCUGAGCAAGAGCAGCUCACAGAUCCGGAUGUCCAGCAUCAAUGCUGAGAACCUGGCCACAUGAGCAGCAGUCAAGACGGCGGCCAUGGCCACGGCCACCCUCCUGUCCCUUUAUAAAAAGGAGUUGUUUUGUGGGAUUGGGACUGGGAGGGGAGUUGGUAGGAGAGGCCGGGGCUCCUACAGAUGUUUGAGUGUGUGUGCAGGGUGCAUGAGUGUGUUUGUGAGUGUGUGUGUGGGUGUGUGGCAGGGGUG